ACAACAGGAUACAUAUGUUUUCAUUACAGCUGCACCAUCUCGCUGCGUCAGUAACAGUUAUUGCCAAAAUACUCAUAACAAGGUCACCAUAGCAAGUAGAUUGUAACGUAUGGAAACGGAGCAACGAUACAUUUCGACAGGCGCAGCCUCCCUCUCCUUCAUCGUCUGUUGGGUUGAGCUGGUACAGUAGUCUACUGUCGUAUGAUGAAAACAAGACAUCGUGACCGGAACACCCGAGAUGAUCAUACGACUCAAAUGCAGCUUAUUGAAAGAAGUGGCCGUACCCAACAUCGACUUUUGCCAGGAUCGAUAUAACAGUAGUUCGAAGGCAGAGAUAGGACAGGAUAGUCUUUAUUAUGAAUGUUAAAAUGACUGUACUUUUGAGUUCACAGUUGUCUUGAAAGCACCAUAAAUCCAGAGAAUGACAGAUUUGAUGACAAAAUUUGCCCACAAGAAGGACGCAGCGCCACCUUCCUGCUCAACUGAGCACAUCAUAACAAGAUAUGAGUCAAGGCCAGGGUCAAGCUCCUACAGGUCAGGACCAAGAUCAGGUCACUGGGAUGGUGUGUCUGGAGUCUGAGCUGCAAGAUGGACAGAUGAAGGAGGUGGAGGUGGAUGAGCAGAAGAUUCUAUUGGUCCGUACCCAGGGCUUGUACAGUGCUGUAGGGAGCAAAUGUUCCCACUAUGGCGCUCCUCUAAUCAAAGGUGCCUUAGUCGGGGACAGAGUGAGAUGUCCCUUUCAUGGUGCAUGCUUCAACAUCAAGACUGGAGAUAUUGAGGAGUAUCCUGGCCUGGACUGUUUGCCUAGUUAUAAGGUCAAAGUUGAAGAUGGUAAAGUCUAUGUGUCAGUAAACGAAAAGUCUCUGAAGGUGUACAAGCGGGUGAAGGAUAUGAGCUGCAGAGUGUCAGGGGUCAGGCACACCAUCCUGCUGAUAGGAGGAGGACCUGCCUCUUUGCUGUGUGCCGAGACUCUGCGACAGAACCGCUACGAAGGUCGAAUCGUCAUGGUGACCAGGGACACCCUGCCACCCAUUGACAAGCCCAAGCUCAGUAAGGCAAUGCAUUUGGAGAGUGCUAGCCUCCUCCUUCGGCCAACUGACUUCUUCCAGCAGUAUGACAUAGAGCUGUGGACGCAAAAGGAGGCAGUAUCUGUGAACCCAGUGGAGAAGACAGUGAAGCUGAAUGACGGCUCCUUGCAUUACUAUGACCAGCUGCUCAUAUCAACAGGCUGCAGGGCGAGGCCUCUGAGCUGUCCUGGCUCUGAGUUGGAGGGAGUGAGGAUACUGCAGAGCUACGAGGACGCCAAGGAGAUCCACCAAUCCUGUGUGGGAAAGAAGGCUGUGGUCGUUGGAGCCUCCUUCAUAGGUAUGGAGGUGGCAUCCUACUUGGCAGACAAAGCUGCCAGUGUGGCGAUGGUUGGCAACGGCUCAUAUCCCUUUGAGAGGUCCCUGGGCCCAGAGAUUGGGAAGAUGACAAUGCAGAUGUUGGAGGAGAGCAAAGUCAAGUUCUACAUGAACGACGGAGUGGUGGAGAUCAGAGGGGAGAAUGGCAAGGUGAAAGAGGUUGUUCUGAAAAGUGGUGCGGUCGUGGAAACGGAUGUGGUGAUAGCAGGGAUCGGUGUCAUCCCUAACUCUGACUUCCUGAAGGAAAGCCAGGUGGAGGUGGAUUCUAGAAAGGCUGUCAUCAUUGAUAAGUUCAUGAGGACCAACAUUCCAAAUGUUUUUGGAGCAGGAGACGUGACGUCCUUCCCUCUCACCAUACGGAAAGAUCAGAGGGUCAACAUUGGACAUUGGCAGUUGGCAUCAGCUCACGGAAGGGUUGCAGCACUGAAUAUGUUACAGAAGCAGAUUAAGAUCGAUUCUGUUCCUUUCUUCUGGACAGUGCUGCUAGGGAAGAGUGUCCGCUACACAGGCUACGGUGAAGGAUACACAGAGAUCAUAUUCAAGGGCAAAGUUGAGGAGAGGAAGUUCCUAGCUUUCUAUAUCAAGGAUGAUCAGGUGGUGGCAGCAGCCAGUCUGAUGUUUGACCCUGCUGUCGCUCGACUGGCAGAGAUGAUGUCAAACGGAUUAGUCAUAACCAAGGCCCAGGCACAAUCUGAUGACCUCAGUUGGUUGAAAAUGUAAACCUCCUCUUCCUGCAACACUCCAUGGUCAACGCCCAGUCCGACGGUACCUCCUUUAACCCUCAAAUCAAUGGAUAUAAAAAAAACUAAAAUGUUCUUACUCUUCUCUCUAAUAAAAAGCCAUAUGGUCUCAGGAUUAUGUUUGCUGAUCGAAAACUACUGGGUGUUUUGUGUAAUCUGUAGUGUUUUAAAUCUUUUUAGGAAUAAAAGGACUAAUCUAUGA